AUGAGUGAUCAUGCGGGAGAAAACUCCAAGAAAAGCAAUUCUGCCCAAGAAACAUCUGCAGAAGGAAAUGUCUCUCCUGCUAAGGACUACUCAAUAACACAAAAACAAUUGUUGAAGAAAAAAAUACACGAUUCUGCCUCCCACAAGACAACUUUCAAACUCCAUGCUGUACCAAAGCCAUGUAUUCAGAGUCAUGGUUGUUCCCUCUCCUGUCAGGAUGCACAGUCGCAACAACUCGAGAAACAAUUAAAAUGCUUAGCCUUUCAAAAUCCAGGACCUCAGGUAGCUGACUUCAAUCCUGAAACUAGAGAGCAGAAAAAGAAAGCGCGCAUGUCACAAAUGAAACAAGAUUUUUUUUAUAAGCCCAAAAUUACGAAGAAGUAUGACAAACAUGGCAGGCUGCUUUGUAAUAAUAUUGAUUUGUGUGAUUGCCUGGAAAAGAACUGCCUGGGUUGCUUCUAUCCUUGCCCCAAAUGCAAUUCAAACAAAUGUGGACCAGAAUGUCGCUGCAAUAGGAAAUGGGUUUAUGACACAAUUGAGACCGAAGCUGGGAAUGUGAUCAGUGUGUUGCCAUUUUUUGUCCCUGACUGA